GGUAAAUUAUGAUGUGGUAUAGAUAUGGGCAAUGACACUAAUAAUGAACAUCUAUGCUACAUCUAAUUUAACAUCUUAAAGCAGAAAAUAAUUUUCUUUAAUAAUUUAGCUUUAAAAUGAAGAAUGAUUAUUUUCGCUUCAGACAGAGCGGGAAACUAAGGGCAAAAAAGGAAAAGAAAAUUGGAGAAGCGGGAGUAUAAAACGCACCGGCCUUCAGUUUCCGUCCACACUUCACAGAAUUGAUACCAACGAUGACUUAACUGAAAGGUUCUGUUCUUCUGUAAUCUUCGCUCUCUCUUUAACUUGACCACGCUUUACGAACUUCUCUUGCCAAUCUCCAGUUCUCUCCGUUCUCGUGUGCAUCAACAAUGGCGCUGAAGAACCGACUGGUGUCUGGUUCGGCUAAGAAUGAGGAUGAAGAAGGUAGUGGUGGUGUCGGAGGCUAUAGGUUCAUCUUGGCUGGUCUCGUCCUUCUCUGCGUUUUCGCACUCUUGAGUUUUGUCGUCCUCAGUGACCUCCACACUGCUGGUGAAGGGGUUAUUUCAAGUAGUCCAAGCAAAGAGGUCAUUGAUGAUAUUGCAGCCAGCACAAACAACACAACUGUUAAUAUUAGUUCUUCGGGGAAUAGUAAUCUUGCCUUAUCUUUGAGUUUGGCUGGGGUAGAAGCCUCAGUUGAUGCAAUUUCCAUGCCAAGCCAAACGACUGUAGUUCCGAGAAGUGGAACCUUCCCGGUAGAAGAGGACAAUUCUUUGGGUGGUAAUACUAGCACAUCUUAUGUUUAUGAUGAAUUGGUAGCUCUUGUUGUUCUCUUUCUUUUAUUGACGCUGUUGUCUUUUACAUGUUCUCUUGUGGAAUUCAUCAAUUUGCUUGCGCUCUCUAAAGCAGCCAGAAGGAUAGCAAGAGAAGAGCGACAGGAAAAUCAAUUGCUGGAGAUGGAGUUGGAUCUGCAGGGUGAAGAUACCGCUGUAAAACUUGAGAAUACAAAUAUGCAAGCCUCUGAUUUAGUUGACUCCUCAAUUCUUGGAAAAUACAGUACAUGGAAGAAAGAAAAUGACAACAAGAACCAAGAUUCAAUUAUACGUCUAAUGCGAGACCAGAUUAUAAUGGCAAGAAUAUAUCUGAGUAUUUCGAAAAAGAAAAAGAAACUUGAUUUGAUUGAAGAGCUCCAAAUAUGUCUUAAAAGGAGUCGUCGUGUCCUAGGAGAGGCAAAUAUUGAUGCUGAGUUGCAUUAUAGUGCGCCCCAAAAAAUAAAAGCUAUGGCUGGUGUUCUUUCAAAGGCGAGAGAUCAACUGUUUGAUUGCAAGUUGGUGAUCAGGAAGCUGAGAGCAAUGCUUUUAACUGAAGAAGAAAAAAUUAGAAGGUUGAAAAGGCAAAAUACAUUUCUCACUCAAUUGGGAGUUAAAGGUAUUCCAGGUGGCAUUCGCUGCCUGUCCUUGCGCCUUACCAUCGAUUACUACCUUCUUCCUCCAGAGAAAAGAAAUUUCCCUAGAAGUGUAAAUUUGCAGAAUCCAAAAUUUCACCAUUAUGCCCUCUUCACAGACAAUGUUAUGGCUGCCGCAGUAGUUGUGAACUCAACCAUAAUGAACGCUAAGGAUUCUUCAAAACAUGUAUUCCACCUCGUAACUGAUAAUCUCAAUAUUGGAGCAUUGAAAAUGUGGUUUCUCUUAAAUCCUCCUGAAGAAGCUACGAUCCACGUUGAAAAUUUAGAUGAACUCAAGUGGUUGAACUCGUCCUAUUGCCCAGUACUCCGCCAGCUUAAUUCUGCAGCAAUGAGAGAAUAUUAUUUCAAGACAGGACAUUCAACCACUCCUUCAUCUAGUGCUUCUAGUUUGAAGUACAGGAACCCAAAAUACCUCUCAAUGCUAAAUCAUCUGAGGUUCUAUAUACCGCAAAUUUAUCCCAAGCUAGACAAAAUUCUAUUUCUGGAUGAUGACGUUGUUGUCCAGAAAGAUUUGACUGGAUUGUGGCUUGUAGACCUUGAAGGAAAAGUCAACGGUGCAGUGGAAACUUGUGUUGAGAAUUUUCAUCGUUUUGACAAAUACCUUAACUUCUCAAACCCUUAUAUCGCCAGGGAAUUCGAUCCAAAUGCAUGCGGUUGGGCAUAUGGAAUGAAUAUAUUUGAUCUCAAGGAGUGGAAAAAGAGAAAUCUCACUGGCGUAUAUCAUACAUGGCAGAACUUGAACGAAGAUAGGCUGCUUUGGAAGCUCGGAACAUUACCUCCAGGUUUGAUGACAUUUUAUGGGCUGACAUAUUCCCUCAAUAAGUCUUGGCAUGUGCUUGGAUUGGGUUACAAUCCAAGUAUCAACCCAUCGGAGAUAGAAAAUGCAGCUGUUAUUCACUAUAAUGGCAACAUGAAACCUUGGUUGGAGAUGGCCAUGACAAAGUAUCGCCCCUACUGGACAAAAUAUAUUGACUACGACCAUCCUUAUCUUCGCCAGUGCAACUUCCUUAAAUGAAACUGACCGUGGAUAAUCGCAACUACAGGUCUCUCUAACUCACACUCUCUCCCCCCCACCGCACGUUGAAUUUGCUUUACUUGGUUUACUGCAUGACAUAGGGCUGGGGAUAUCUCACAUCACAGUUAAAUACCUUUGUAUUUCAUUCAAUUGUUUCUCACGGGCCUUCAUGCAUUAUAAGGAGAUAGAAACUAUAUCAUGUUAGAAUGUAAGAAAAUUCUUAUCCCGACGCAGUUUAGAGUAGAAAAUUGAUUGGGUAGAUUGGGAAGUAAAUGCCACAUCUACUAUAUUCUUCCCCUCAACACUGUAUCCCAAGAUUCCCAACUCUAAAUUCGAUGAAGAAGAAACCCUGUAUGUUUGUAGGCAAAAGAAAUACGUUCUUUUUUGUCCAUCGCUUUCUCAAAUUUCAAGCACUCUUUAUUUUAGGUUACUCUCUUUUCUAAUUUUGCAUUUUUUUACUCUUAAAUUAACAGCAGAGUAGAAAAUUACUUUAAGAUUUUAAGACUCGUGUGACCUAGAAAGGCUGGGAUUUGGUAUUUGGUAAUCGGAUUCUGCUUUCACAAAAGGUCAAAAUUUAAGAUUGAGACCAGCAAAGUGAAAAGUUUUAGGCAUCUUUUAAUAUUCAUUGAUGUUUAUUUUCCCUCCCCUUCAUUUUUCUAAGGAAAGAUUUGAAUCUAUAGCCAAAUCUAAAAAACCAAAACCAAAAUUUUAUAUUAAAAAGUUCAUAUUCAGCAUGAAACCAAGUCCCAAACUUAAUUUAGUUAUUUAUAGCAUCAGGGAAGUUUCCAAAGUUUCUCUAUUAUUAAAUUCAUAUAUUCAUACUUUGAAUUCUAUGCUCUCUAUUUCAUUGUCAUUCUCUCUCCCAUUUUAUUGAAGAUUGUUCCAUUUUCUCCAAGUGGCAUUUUUUUUUCCUGUCCACCCUGUUUUUAAUUAUUAUUUCGGACUAUCAUCAGUUUCUAUCUUUCUCCUUCAAUUUGCCUUUCUCCUUUUCGGUUUUCUUAAUUCUUCAAUCCAAUUAGCAAAUCUGAACGAAACCAUGAUUGGUUAGAUUUUUUAGUUUAUUCCAGUGUCGUUUGUACAGUAGCUGAAAGGAAAAGCUUGUUAAUUCCAUUAAAUCUGCGGAGCCAGUAAUCGUGAAAGCUUCUUAAAACCUGAUGGAAAUAAUAACCUCAGAAGCCAGUAAUCACUUUUAGAGAGGCUUUCUUCUCCCCAGAAUUUGAUAAAUACUCAUGAAAAAUAUUAAAGUUGGUGACUGCAAAUCAAACACGGGUGUGUCCAUAAAUAUUAAUUCUCUAAAAAGAAAAAGAAAAGGUUGAAUACUCUAAUACAUUAAGGUAUUUGGAGUCUGUUCUCAAGUUUUUUUGUCUCUUUUUCUCAGUAAACAACCUACCUCUCUUCAGCCUUACUCAACUGCACCACAACUAAUAACCCAUAUAGGGAGACACCAAAGGUUUG